GGCGUGUCGAAAUGCUGGUCGCGCUUGCGUCCGUAUGUCUUCAUCGUGUUUCGUCGUUGUGGUAUAGUCACGGUUGGGAGAUAGCGAGCGUGCAACAGUAGAAUAGAACUUAUUGAGUAACGCGUUGUAGAAAGUGAGCGAAAGUGAUAGAGUGCCAUGAUAAAAUAGUAUCGAGUGGACAGUCGAAUCUUGUAAUUGAAAGUUGGAUAAAAAGGUUCGUUUACGACAAAGGUGUUGGAAGAAGUGGAUCGUGAUUGGUGAAUCUUAGACGGCCAUAAUUGUGCGCCAUUCGGUCUCCAGUGCAGAUCCGCGCAGCGAAAGGGCAGAUGCCCUUACGCGGUUCGUGCUCCCAUUGGUGGGUACGCACUGAUCUAUCCGGAUCGACAUACUUGGCAAGAUCCGGUAGUGUUAUUCGCAGUGUAUAUUCAAAUUGGGUAAAUUCGCAAACUAUAAGGACGAGCGGUCAGCCACCACCUCCUCUCGGAGACGACAAGUCUUUUGGCCGUACGAGUCACCAACUCGGUAGUGGUGAAUGGUGAGUGUGAUUUCUGUGGUCUAGCAGCAACAUUAGCAAUCGCAGCGCCGUCAACAACACGACGACAACGACAACGACGACAGUAGCGCCAUCAUCAGCGCGACCGCCAUCGCAGCAAGAAGAAACAGUAUUCCUUCGAGGAGAGAAAGAAGAAAUGCCUGUAGGUUCGCGAUCGGUGACGCGAGCAAAGAUGGAGGCCCCGUCCAGUUUGUAACACGGCAGCCAGGUCUCGUUUAAAGCGCACCAACGGAGCCACGGAGAGCGCUCCUCGAGUCGGCUGCCUAAAGUCGCGUUUUGCCCCGUGCUACUUUUCUUCGUGAGCCCUGCGAGGCUAGAGGAUGGAGCUACGCGUUGGAAAUAAGUACCGGCUCGGACGGAAAAUCGGGAGCGGCUCCUUUGGCGACAUUUAUCUAGGUACCAAUAUUUCCACCGGCGAGGAAGUCGCCAUCAAGCUAGAAUGUAUAAAAACGCGGCAUCCGCAGUUACACAUAGAAUCCAAGUUCUACAGAAUGAUGCAAGGUGGUGUUGGUAUACCAACUAUAAAAUGGUGUGGCUCAGAAGGUGACUACAAUGUAAUGGUAAUGGAGCUACUUGGUCCAUCACUGGAGGAUCUCUUUAAUUUUUGUUCAAGAAGUUUUUCUUUGAAAACGGUCUUGCUUCUCGCCGAUCAAUUGAUAUGUAGAACGGAUUACAUUCAUAGUCGCAAUUUUAUCCACCGGGACAUCAAACCAGAUAAUUUUUUGAUGGGCUUGGGAAAGAAGGGAAAUCUCGUGUACAUUAUAGAUUUUGGAUUGGCUAAAAAAUACCGCGAUGGCCGUACUCACAAACACAUACCCUAUCGAGAAAACAAGAAUUUAACAGGGACAGCCAGAUAUGCGAGUAUUAAUACACAUCUGGGAAUUGAACAAUCACGACGAGACGACCUUGAAUCCUUAGGGUAUGUUCUUAUGUACUUCAAUAGGGGUAGCUUGCCCUGGCAAGGUUUGAAAGCGGCGACUAAAAGACAAAAGUAUGAACGUAUUUCUGAAAAGAAAAUGUCUACGCCUGUCGAAGAAUUAUGCAAGGGUUAUCCUGUAGAGUUUGCGUCAUACCUAAGGUAUUGUCGAGGACUACGAUUUGAAGAAAGGCCUGACUACUCGUAUCUUCGACAACUCUUCCGGACGCUGUUCCACGGUCAGGGCUUCACAUACGAUUACGUCUUCGAUUGGAAUAUGCUGAAAUUUGGUAACGUGAGGCAACAAACAUUAUCUUCGACGCAACAAACACCUAUGCAGUCACAACACACGAACGUGGCGCUGCCUUCUGGGACCAAUAACGAUCAGGAACAUCGAUCUAGGCCCUAUACACGGCAGUGUUUGGCAAACAUAUCAGUGGGAACGGUGGGCCCGACUGUGGGUGGAACAACCACGAAUUUGAGAAGCAUGCGGCAAAAACGCGAGGCGAUAGACGCUCUUCGUGAUCAGGACAAUCAGGAGAGCGAUCUUCAAGCGUCGGGCGCAGGUGGCCAGGAACGAAGAGUCAGCAUGAGGUUGCACCGUAGGGACGCGGCUGCAGGAGAGAUGCAACCGAAGACCAAGUGAGUUGCUAUAUCACGUCAAAACGCCGCCGCGGAUAAAGCACCUAAGUAACCGAAAGCUAAGACACUAAUUCUAAAUCGCAAAAGUAGGCAAAGAGAGGGCGAAAGUAAUCUCCUGUGCCACGGUAGCGGACACCGGCGAAAAAUCGUGGAUUAAGAACAUUUAAAAAUGAAACCGAAAAGAGAAAGAAAAAAAAAAGAUAACAAAACAGCGUGUUCGCCUUGCGAUCCUUCUCUCUGACCUCUCGUAGCCCUGUCGCGAGUCAUAACAAAAGUCUCGCUUCUCGAGUCUCUUGCUUUCAAGCCUUUGAUCCUGCCACGUCGCUGCAUUUCACACAUACACACAUGUAAUGCGUGUUUCUUUCAUGUCUUUUCACGAAAAGAAAGCUCUCUAGCAAAAAGAAAAAAAAAAAAAGAAAAAAGAUAGAAAAAAGAGAGAAAAGAAACCACGUAGAAACGUUUAGGUCGAUCCUGGUACACUCGAUAUCACGAUCGUUUGUUUCUAAACGAUCGACUUGUACGCUCCUUUCGUCGUCCAGAUUGUGCACGAGUAUCUCUCGAAGACAGGAUACAUAUUUCCUUUCGAUCGUCGAAAGAGACUCGCGGCUUCCUCUUAAAUCGAUAACCAACAAAACGAAUCUAAUGACGAUCUCUCGUACGAAAUACGGAAAAGAAAGAAAGAAAAAGGAAACUCGCGAAAGUGAGUUGUAAUUGCGCGACAAUUAAACGGAGCGGAUGUAUGUAUGUAUAAAGAAAGCACGCUGACGCUGAGACAGGAAAGGACGAUAAAAGAACGAUAGAAAAGCAACACGAAACGAUGCUCGUGGAGUAAUCAAAAUUUCCUUAAACGGUGCAAAGAACGAACGCGACAAAGCGAUGGAAAAAGAGAUGAAAACGGGCUGAUAAACUAGAGAGAAGGAGAGGCAGAGAAAGAGAGGGCAAAGUUUUUCGGUCGUUUUUUAACGCUUCGAGAACGGUAGCGCGCUAAUGUCCGUGUUUUGUGUGUCUUUUAUUUUGGAAGCGCCAAUGCAAUGGCCCCACCCAUCCUGUUGGGCAGGCUGGCAAGCGUUCAACACAAGUGAAUCAACAACAACGGCAAUAGCUGACUUCUCUUCAUCUUCGUCUUCGUCCUCGUCCUCGUCGUUAUCGUCCUCUUUCUCAGUGAUCUAGUCGACAGUAUCAUCGUCAUCGUGAACAACAGCGUCAUCGGUAAUCACGAGUAUCGACCUUCCGAUACGAAAGACACGACGGAUAGAGUUUUUCGAAAAUCGAAGGAAGACAUCGGUCGAAGAUGCCUACCCUUUGUAUAUUCAAAAAUGGUAUUCGUAGACGAUCUACGAAACGUGUGCGAAUCUUCGUCGUAUCGAUGAACCAGUACGGUUGAUCGAUGGUCGUUGACGAUCUACGCGAACGUGUUCACUGGCGAGAAAGAGUUUCUCGAGGACGAGUCGCAGGAGUUUCGCGAUCGACGAUCCACGGUACAUCGUGUGUCUCCUAGGAUCGCAACGAUGGAAGAAAUCGAACGUUCUCUCGUGCAAACGAAGGAAGAUGCAAGUAUCCAGAGGUGAAACGCAACUUUGCCAAAGCGGGCCAUCCAACGAGAAAUGGGAUCGUGUUUCGACUUGUAAUUAAAACGAGUCAGCGAGCUACUAGACUGCUCGUAAAUGUACGUGGACAUGUGUUUAUACAGCGACGAUUACACUGUGUUUAGCGAACGAACUCGAAACUACUCGUUAUACCGAAAUGAUCCUUCCACGAAGGAUUGCUGGUUUUUAGAAAUAGAGGGACGACGUAGCUCUGCGUUGUAUCGAUUAAAGACGCUUCGUGGGAGCGCGGUCCGUGAUUCUUAGGAUAGAUCGCGAGUGUACAGUACGCGACUUCGAUGACGAUACUUGUAAUCUUCGUCUUAGCUGCAAUUGUCCGGCGAAUAUGAAAUUCUUCGUAAUCGACGAUCCUUAGAAUGUGAUUUUUCAAAAUCCAAUAGGAAAACAUGCGCUCGUCCGUGUUAAAAAGCCGUCAAAAAGAGAGAAUCUCCGCACUAUCUUUUUUGCCUAACAACAUUCCCUCGAUAUUGGGCUCGAGUUUUCAGCUUUCAGAUUCGCAGUUAUCGUUUCGACGAUCGAUCAAGAAGGAUUACGAGUAGAAUGCGGAUGUUUAUGUACAUUUACGUUUUUACGUACGCAGCCAAGAGAAUGGAACGUAGAUAGAGAUCUGUUUCGCUCUUUAUAUAUCGCAAGCUCGUUAUACAGAUAUUUUAUGCUGAAUGUUUUCUAUAUUUUUACACAUUAAGUACACCCUGUACAUUUCUUUGCAUAAUUACAAUUGUCAGUAAAUCACAUUAAUAUCCGCAAUCUAACAGCGAGAACCGGCGAUCGAGCAUUAUUGUAUAAACGUGUAGAUUAUUCCCCUAUCCCAUUAACAUUAAAACACGAUUUGUACAUAGACAAAAUCGGCAUCGACGGCUGGACGACGGUUCUCGGGCGGCGAAAGUCACGCACUCGCGCAAUCAACCGGACAGACCCGCGAAAGUCAAGUCACACCGGUCGCACAAUCCAAUUUCCUUUGAGCCGAACUUGAGGAAAUCAACUCGAAGUCAAGACCCGUUGCGCUAGGCGCGAUCUGUACCGGUGACACAGAACCUGUAUAUAGCGUGACUGUUUGCCGAAAUACAGAGAAAAAAGCGGAUGACUAGAGCGUGGCUGUAAGGUAAAUCCAAUAAGUCGGUUGUUCCAGUUAAGGGGGUGAGCGAGGAACGAUUAAGACGCGCCAAUAUAUAUCGAUCGAGCGUACUGUACAAUUCGUGUCGAUUCGUGUACGAACUUCGAUCCUUUUUUGUAUUUUUUCUUUCUUUUUCCGACGCGUAAUUGUCGAAUCCAUCGGUUCGGCCAGAAAAAACGACCGUAGAAACGAGCGAUCGAAGAUACACGAUUAAGCUUUUCGUUGACGAGUACCUCUCCUCUCCCUGUCCAAUCUCUCGCUCUUUUCCUUUUUGUACAAUUCUGCCCAUUUUCUGGUUGCGAGAGACGAAUGUAUUUUACAAGUUUGAUAUCGUUUGUACACCAACGAUUAAUUAAGAAAGAGAGAAAUAUUCGCCUGAUAGUGUAGAGCUGCCAAGAAUGACGAAAGAUGGAUAGAAGAUUCUGUUGAUAACGAAACGAUAUCAAACUUAGUCGUGUAAGUCGUGUGUCCUGUAUGCGUGUUUUUUUUUUUUGUGUUCGCAAUGGUGUGCAAUGGUUGCAUUUCGUCCUACGUGUAUGCGUGUGCUCGAAUUGGAGAGACUCGGACAGAGGAGAGGAAAAAGGAUCAAUCUCGAACUUCCGUUGAGAGAAACGAUCGUUGGCAUAUGAGUAUAUUUCUCGUGGAUACGAUGGUUCUUGAAUCGUUCUUCUCGCAACGUGACAACGUCUGUGCUCCGUUUUGUAAUUGCAAAUGAUCUUGAAAGAUUGAUUCUUUUUAUGAAAAUUAAAACGGUCAGAGGUUGGAAACACGCAGCGAGAAGCAAACAGCUAGGUUCGAUAACCGUAAAUGGUACCUUGAGAAAUUCACCGGAAAUCGAGUUUCUCUUUAGCGCGAAUAAUUGCCUUGAUUGAUGAAAUUUCGUUGAACGUGCGACUUUAGCGAAUUAGAGUAAGAGGGAGAGAGGAUAAGGGACAAGCGCGAGAAAGUGUCCGAGAGAAAAACGCGAGAAUGCAGAAUCCUUAAUAACCGAUUGUUCUCGCGCGAGAAAUGCAUUUUUUGUUUGGGAUAUAAAAAAUCGAAAGUCGUCGAGACCGUUUUAUUUACGAUGAGGUGUAUGACGGCUGAUUAAUCGAUUUGAUUCAAAUUUUGUACACUCAUACAUGUAUUAAUAUGUACAUGUAGAACGCGUAUUAAGUAAGGGUAGGUACUAUCAUCUUUAUGUAUGUAUUGGAUAGCUUUUAUUUAUGACGCUAAUUUCGAAUUUGAAAUGUAGAAACUUCCUUCAAACUACAGCGUUGAUUAUCCGUUUGAAAUUCGAUCAUCGAAUCAUCAUAAUAUAGACUCGUUUCUUUUUUAUUAUGUUAGAUUUCAUUAUAUCAUAUACAUAUCAUUACGUUCGUUCGUUAUAACUUCGAUUUUGUAAUAUAAUUGUAUAUUCGUCAGAUGCGAACACGACAAAGAUUAAUUUAAAUUUAACAAGCCGAAGAGAAAUAAUUGAUCGCAUCGUGAGGGCCUCAAAUCUGAAGAAUGGUAGUCUAGGGUGAAUCUAUUCUACCAAUUCUCAAUGAACACUUGACUAUUUGUAUAGAGUGUAAGAAGAUAUUAAACUCUAGAUGAAAAUUAUAGAAGCAUACGUUAAUUGUUAACGAAAUUUGAAUCAAAUCAAAGAUCUAGCGGCCGUUUAUUCGUUUUUGUUGGCAAGCCGGUUUAGUCAACGGAAGUAAAGAUCGAAGCGAAACUCCUUCCGCGAAAUCGCCCGUGUCUCCCCUUUUAUCCUUCCACUUUUCAACCUCACUUCACCAUUUUUACCCUUCCAUCAGCCUCUGUCACUUCCUGUUGCCGCCCUCCUCCUCCCUUGACCGACCUUGUCUUGUAUAAAGUAUCGUGGGCGCAUUACAUACAAAAAAGAUGAAAAACAAAAAAACGUGAUAUAAAAAGAAGGUUAUAUAUAAAUAUAUAUUAUACCGACACGUGUUUUUCUAUGUAUUUUUUUCAUAGGGUACUACUACUGCUAUUAUUAUUACUAUUACUAAUUAACUAUUAACUAAUUAAACUACUACCAACUAGUACUACCAUUACUACUGCUGCUGCUAUCGCUAAUUACACUUACACCUUUACACACACACACACACACACACACACACACACACACACACACACACACACACACACACACACACACAAAAUUUACUAUGUUGUAACUUGUAUAAAAAGGACGAUUUAUUCUGCAACGAUCCUCUCGAGACGGGAACGAAAUGAAAUUGCAAAGGCAUUUUCAUUCGACGAUUCAAAAUGGAAACGACGAAUCCAUCGCACGGAUCUCUGCGUAUCGCGAUCUUUUCUUUACCGUUUCCUUUCGUUCCUUUCGAUCUCGCGCAUCCUCUGCGCUCGUGUUCCGCCUGGUUAAAUUGUAGUAUAAGAAGAAGAACGAGAAUAUUUUUCUUUGUUAAACAUUUCGGCUAAGUUUGUUCGGCUACGAUCCGUUUAUUUAUUAGCGGGGUAAAAGGGGAGGGGGACAUAGUUUUAUGCAACGCUAAAUCAUACUAUGAUUGCGUUUUACAGUUUGUUACGUUUUAUGAUUACGACUUGUGUGAUGGGUAUAAUCUUGUUAUUAUUUUAGUUCAAUAUCGAAAUUUAUCUUUAUUUGGUUUGUAAAAUUCUCGACUGUUACACAAUUAUCUAGAUGUUUAAUCGUAGUUAUCGCCUUACACGCGCGCAGAGGAUCAACCAUUGUUAUUUUGCGCGAUGGAAGCGAUAGAAGACGUUGAAGCUUGAAUAUGCUUUAAUGGAAUUACGUUUCCAUCGAUAUUAUUGCGAACCUGAUUAAUAAUCACUAACGGAAAAUAUCGUAUGGCGACACUGUUCUAAAGCAUUGUUAAUUUUAUGAAGUCGUAUUUGUUGUGUCGUGAUCGUGUAUUUGUUGUAUCGUUAUCUUUACGAUUGUUGUUCGAUAUCGGCGCUUCGAUGUCUUCAAUCGUCGCCUUCCUUAAUCUCUUUUUUUCUUUUUUUUUUUUUAAUUAACACGCGUAAUCUUUCUAUUUCUCAGAAAAUGUUUUCAAUUCGAUCGUAUCCAUGUUACGUUGGUUGGUAUUAGGUACUCUAUGACCCUGAAUUCGAAAUAUGAUUAAAAAUAGAUUGUAAAUUGUCGAAUCAUCAAGCGUUAAAAUUCACGAACGAGAAGAUAUUGAGGUAAAGCGUCGAGAUUAGAGGUAAUUUUGUGAUCGUUAGGAUUAGAUGAUUUCCGAUGAUGGCCAUCGAUUCGAGGAUCGUUUCGGAAUUUUAAUGCAGAAGGAACAAACACUGCCAGCGCGAGCGGAAAUUCUUGAGUUCUAUCUCAUGACUAAACGAUACGCACGGAAUUAAUCUUGUCACGAUUCGUCGUUUCCUCCUUGACCAUUGCGUGGUCGCGAUAUUAACGCGAAGUCUUUGCAAAGAAAUAAACAGGAAAGAAGAAACAGAAACGAGAGGAGAAGCGCCAGCGCCCGGUAUUUCCUUCCCGCCUUCCCCCUCUCUUUAUUGUACAAUGAAUUACCUUUACGCCGCACGAAAUGCAGUUUAAACGUUGGGAAGAAACGUUGUUUUUUCAGUUCUCUGUGUAUCCGAAUUGAACAGAAAGUCCCAGCACGAUUUUUAAUUUCAAUUUACUUGAAAUGAAAAGAAUCUGAAGAUAGUCGUUGGUGCAAAUUGAACCGAUUAAAAGCGAUGUGCUGGCUAAUAAAUUCGUUGAUGCUUUGAAUCGAAGUGAAAUGAGAAAGAAAAAACGCAGAAUAGAAAGGAAAUGAUAAAGAGAAAAGAUCGUGCGCGCUUGAUUUUGCUCGGCCUAGCGGAGUUUCUUCUUUUUCUUCUUCUUUGCCUUCUUCUCCUUCUUUUCCUUCCCCUUCUACUUCUUCUUCUUCUUCUCGAGCGUAAGGAGUCUAUUGGGUUCACACGAGACUCCUUAAAAUGGAGAAGAACCGCGGAAAGAAAAAGAAAGGAAAGGAAAUAAAAGAAAAGAAAAGCAAGAGCAAACUAAAGAACAUGUGUAGACUGGUCUACGGCACGAGUAGGGAAGCGUCUACGAAGACCUUCAUCGACGAGGCGUCACGACGAUCACGGCAUUGAGGUAUAAUUCGCGAUCAAUCGUAUUUUAAAUAUACUAAUCGAAAUUGUAUGGAUUUGCGAAUGGUUUGUAUAUGUACAUAUAUACAAUUAUUAUGAUCUAUUCAAAGGAAAAUAACUAUAAAACGUGAACGAUGUAUGUAUGCGUGUAUAGUAUAUGUUUGCGAAUGAUCGGUGAAGUUUUCUUUGUGUAUGGAUUGCGAGAAACUUAUUCGAACUGUACUACAUAAUGCGUGCAACAAGUAUGCGUGGACGAUAUAAGAAAGAAAGAGUGGGAGAAAACAAUUAGGUGAAAUGUCCGAAGAAACAAAGCAACACCGACAAAGAGUAUUAUAAAACUGCCUUUGUGUACUAUAUGUGCAAGGAGAAACAAAGUGAAGCGUUUCUAGCCGUCAAGAUUUGAGCUGCUUUAGCCUUGCUUUCCUUCUUCUUCUUAUUCUGUUUCACCAUCUUAUUAUUGUGUUUACUUGCGUGUUGCAACUCUUGUUUCUGCAAAAGAAAAAGAGGCGUAAGAGCAGGAUUACGGAUCGGUAGAAUAGAAAGAACGUGUGCUUGAGAAAAGUCGAGAGAAAGAAAUAGUUUUACGGAUGAUUCGUUUGUGUGUAUAUACGUGACUUUUGCGUGUGCCGAGAGGAACCGCGGAGGGAAACACGAUAUUCGUGGCUUUCGUUGCAUUCUAGUACGAGUCUUUUCGUUUUUCUUCAUCGCAUACAACAACAACAACAACAACAAAAACUCUUGCCAUCUUUGAGACUCGGCCUUUGCUUGCAUUCACGUUUUCUUUCUUUGUAGGUUGAUGAAAACCUCGAGCGGCUAACUGAUCGACUAAACGUCUAGGCUAUCCACACGGAAUUAGUCGUCGAGUUUAAUCCGUUGGCGAGAGUUUGAGGGGAAAAACGCUUAGCCGGAACGGCGAGCGUAGACGAGAGUCAAAGUGUCUCAUUCAAUUACGUUUCUAAGGAUCUUCUCCAUUUUCUCCUUGGAAUCGAGUUCUCGCUGUAGAAAAAAAGCCGAAUAUAACACCGACGCUUUCGCCACACGUUUCUUUCUUAGUUUCUCGUCGUGUGUCUGUAUAUUGUGCGUGUACAAUCUUCGAGGAUGGCAAGAGCGUACAGGUCGGAAGAAAGGAAAAAAAAAAGGAAAAUGGAAAUCAGAGAAGAUUUAGACAUGCGCUUUGAGUAUUGAUUGAUCGAUCGAAUCUACCAUUUGAAUAUAAUGCAGAAGAAAAGCAGGAAUAAUUUAUUGACGCGACAUUAUUAUUGUAUAAGUGCGACGAGAAAGGAAAAGAAAAACGUAUAAAUUUGCGGAUAUUUAAUCUAUUGCUCGCGGCUAGAACCUUGACCCACUAGAGCGUUUUAGUCUUCGUUCUUUUCCCUGAAAAUUGCGAUCAUUAUACUCGGGAAAGCGUCGAUUUUCUUGGUACUAUCGGUUACUUCCUGCUUCCGUUGGAACGAACAGAGACUAGACGUUUUGAUGGGUCGAUCGGGAAUUAAGGAAAUUAUGCUUGCAUUACUCGACAUUCUUGAUGUGAGUUCGUUAACUCCUAAACUGAAGUGCAAUUGUAAAAAAAAAGGAAAAAAAACAAGAAAAAAAAUUAUGACCGUCGUUGUCCGUUUGUUUGUUCGUCAAUCCGUGUACUACGUGUUGACGACGAUGUGACGAAUGCGUGAGAUGUUCGAGCUUUUUCCGUUGCUUCGUACAGUUUUGUCUCCUUUUUUUCAUUUUUCAUCUUUUGCUUCUUCUUUCUUUUUUUUCUUUUGGUAUUUGGACGCAUGUUGACUUGAAGUUAAUCCUUUAUGUAUGAUGGUAAUAUGACCGUACAAACGGCGACUCAACGAUAAGGGCACGUGAUUUUUCAAACGAUAAGAAUAAUAAUCAAAAUAGGCAGCUAUUUAGUAUAACCGCCGAACAUUGUGGAGAUUCCCGAGUAACACGAACGCAGGUUUAUCGUGGAAAUGUUUCUACGUGUUAACCGAUUUUAAUACUUGUACUUUGUCAAAUAGUAGAAUAGCGGUUCUUAAUCUACAACGUGUAAUCUUGUAUUUUUUGAAGUUUACGGAAGUGGUCUGUAAUUAAUUUUUUAUAUAAUACCGAGGAAGAGGUAUAACGGUUAAGGAAAGCGCAAGAAAGAGAAACUAAGCGAUCGCCCGUUUUAUUUGUCAUUUUCACAUUUUUCUUCUUUCUUACUCUACUUUUUAUUUACACCACUUUUUUCGUUUCAUCGAAUGGUUUCGAAACAACUAAGAAUUACUGGCAUAAAGGGUUAAUUUAAGCGGAAAUGCUUCGCUCGUAACGUUGAUUACGAAAGGAGGCGUGAUCAAGUCAAAAUGCAACGUGUUUAAUCAGUUUCGAACGUCUCCUUCCGUGCAGGCAGUCUGAUUUCGCGUUUUUCUCCACCACUUUAUGUUCACUGUAGGGAUUCAAAUAAUUACCGAUUAGAGAGAGAGCCGAAAAAAGCGAAAAGUUUGUUUUAGACCGGAGAUGGUAGCGGCAGGGGAACUCCGAUGAAACGAUAUCGUAUCUCGUUUCAAAUAUUUUCGGCAAAUAAACGAGUUUUCUUUCAUGAUGGGCGCUCGUCGUUUCACGGCGUUCCCUGCCGUCUGCUCGCCGAAUUCUAGUUAAAUAAUAAAAAAGGAAGAAACGAAGCGUUUUUUAAAUUAAACGAGAUAAACGAAUAA